GAAAGUUCAAAACAAAGGAAGAAAUCCUAAAGUGGAAACAUCGUGGAAAGAUAGGAGCGAAAUCUGAAAAUAAUUUCAUGAUAAAAGGAAAGAAAAAGGAUACAGACGAAGAGGGGAUCAUAUGGGGAUCAGUUGAGGAGGUUGAAGAAAAGAAAGAUUAUAUGGAAGCAAUUAAGAUCAAAAUUACUGCAGAAGAGGAUUUCUUUCCAGUUUUCUUAAACUGCCAGAAUGCGUACCAAUUGAUGUCUGA